GUACCAUAAUUGUGUGAAAAGAAAACAAAAUUAAAUUAAUUAUACCAUAAAAUAUAAUAAAUCACAAAAUCUCCCGUGCAACAUUCGAUUUUCCCUAUCUCUUCUGAACCUCAAUGUCAUUUUCUCCUCUUUGUUCCACCUCACCAACCCAUCCUUCAAAAUUCACCAGCUCUCCAUCGAUUUCCAUGACAUAAACUUACUCCAAAUGUCUCAAAAAUAUUGGAGAUAAAUGUGAUGGCUAGUGCAUCCUGCAUAGCACUUCCAGCCAUGCAUGAUGCCUUCCAGGUGCAUUAUGAAGGUAUCAACCUUUGUUGUGUAUGUGAAAACAAACAUGAAUGGGCAAAACAAGUGUUCAUGCCUGGAAUGUUAUAUAAGUGGUAUCCCUUGCAAGCAUGCUUGCGCUGCCAUCAGAUUCAUGGAUCGUGAUCCCACUGAUUUUGUUUCUGGUUACUUCACUAUGGCUACCUAUCUUUCGGGGUAUGAAUUUGGUAUCAAACGUAUUGUUGGGAACAAGAUGUGGCCUGAAGUGAAGAGCGAUGUUGUUAAACCACCACCUAAAACAAGAAUGGCUGGAUGUCCUAAGAAAAAAAGGGUUCGAGCACCUCAGGAGAAGGAAUGGAGGAUGACCAGACAUGUAGUUGUGAUGUCGUGUAGCAAGUGCAAGCAGACAGAGCAUAACAAAAGAAAAUGCUCUAAUCCAGCCCUGGAAAACCCGAACCCUAACAAGGCCUUCAAAGGAUGGUGCACCUCCAAAAGGAAGCAAGGAAAAAGAAGGAGACAAAUCCAGCCAAGGUACUUUGUCAAAGAAAAAGGCUGCAUCUGAGCAACAAUCUCAGAUGAAGAAAAAAAGUGGAUCCAAUCAAUACAAGGGCAGAGGGGCAGCUCUUAAAGAGAUUGGUGUUUACGUGAACGAGGCAACUGGAAAUUCCUUCUACCAUGUAAGUUGUAGUAUUAAGUUUUCACUUUAUCAAACUUUUAUUUGUGAACUGCUUCUAAACUAUAUAAACUUUCUUUCGGUUCAACCUCAUCAAAGAAAGCCAUGUUGUUGCAAAAGUUCAAAAAAUCAAGAAUUUCAAAAACCAAAGAUGGUCGAACUACCUCGACAGGGCAGAAUAGUGAUGUCACUGGAGUUGCAACAACUCAAGAAAGUAGGAAUGAAUGAGCCUCAACCCAUGAUUUGUGAAUGAAACAAUUGGUAUUUAUAUAUUUUGCAUUGUAGUAGCCGAUUAUUUUUUGGUUUUCUCUAGACUGAAGAACAAAUUAGCUUGAAAUACUUUGAUGUUGAGGUGGUUUUUGUAACUGAACUUCUUCAUAUCACUUACGUACCGGUUGGGUAAUUGAAUAUUUAGCUUUUGGUUCCA